AUGAAAGGCGAUGAAAUGACGAGGUAUGGAAAAAUGAUGGAUAAAAGGAAGAGUUGACAAGCUUUUAUUCUCUUCAGUAAAAAUGUUAAGUGGAAAUUCAAACUGGCACUAUAUUUCUGUUAAGGGAGUACAUUUACUAAGCCUAUAUUUUGCACUAACGGCAGAUCCAAAAAUAAAUUUCUCGUCGGCGUUUAUCGUUAAUUUGUUCAUUAAAGUUGUAUCCAUAUAAUUAAUUCAUUCGCCUUGAGAGUAAAAUUACUGAUCUCGUCAUGGGUCCAAGCCGUAUGAAUCCUGCUCUGAAGCCAAUUUCAUGACAGCUUUAAAAAUGGCAUGUUUUGUCGUAAAGUCGAGUUGCAAAGAAAAGAAUAGUCGGAAAGAACGCGGAAAAUCGUAGUGGGCUUUCGAAAAAUACUUCCUUACGCAUGCAAUAUUUUUUAUUGCAUAUAAAUUUGCUAUGCUUCGCAACACAUAAACUAAGCUUAUUGUGCAUCGAAAAAUUCCGAACGCAGUCAUCCCACUCCGAGCAACGUCUUGUUGUGAGCAUUUGACAAUACUGGAAACCUGCCUUGUCCAGUAUUUUAGUGUGUGUGUUUUUUGAGUGCUUAUUGUGGAUUUUUAUUUAUUAAGUUUUUAUUCUCUACAAAUGAUCGAAGACGAUGAACCUAUUUAUUGAACUUUGUUAUUUAGUGAAAUUCAUGAUCAGCAUCCUUUCAUAUCCGUGCAACAAAAUAGUGCGUCAGUAUGAUAACUCUUUUUUUUAUUAUUUGCAUUACAAUAUAUUACAAAUACAUUACAAUACGAUAGACUAUAAACUUAAACGCUCUAGUAACUAUACAAAAAAUAAUAAGUGCAUUCCAAGGACACACGUUUAAGGGUACAGAGUCCAAAGGCAGAGUCCACUUCUUAUUAAAUUUGUCCAUUUUAUCAGUUUUAACACAUACAUACUUUUCUGUUUCAUACUUGAUUUUAACAACUCAUAUCUUUUUAGCAAUGAUAAGUGUGAUAAAAAGACUGUGGUUCCACAUGGGUGGUUUUAGCAUGGCCAAGCCAGACUUGCAGCAAAGAAAAGUCAAUAUCUGCUAUCAAAUUUAGAUGCCCAGAGCUUUUCUUCACCAAAAUCAUCCUUUUAAGCAGGGGAUUAUUUUCUUGGUUUUUGGUUAAAAUCUAGACAAAGCAAGUGCCUUCGCGAGGUUCUGCGAUACACGUAUUUCUAGUAAAAUUAAUAAUCUUGUAGCCUGUGAAUACAGCCGUUUCUCCUUGCUCCUCGCUUGUAGGGACGUUUCACCCGACUUAGCGACAGAAAUUCCAUACUGACGAUGUAAAUCAAUGUUUACAUAAUAAAUCCGGUAGUCAUGGUGUUCCAAAUGUAAAUUUGUUUGAGUUUUUGUUUCGCCUGGUAGGUUAUGGUAAAGUUUAGUGUUCUUCUGCAAACAAGCUCCAGCAAAACUUGGCUGGAUGCUUUUUCUAAAGAAGAAGAUAUUCUGGGAAUAUUGACUGUUUUUGUAGUAGAUUCAUCACGUUUACAUCUGAACUUUGUGGCCCUUUGUCUGUCAUUCGUAAACAGUAGGUAAAACAAUAUAAGUACUAUGUCAAACAAUCAGAGCUCCUGACAAGAUUCCAGACAGAUUUUACGUCAUCAGUCUCGAAUUUCUGUCGCUGACUCACAGAUUUUCCUCCAGGCGAAACAUCCUUAGCUGCAAGGAGCAAGAAGAAAUGGCUGUAGCCAAAGGCUACUAAUAUCUCGUAGCCUGCCCCAGGCCAAAGAUAGUGGGGACAAUAGAUCAAAAGAAAAUGUGCAAAACCACUUGACUGAGUAGAUUGAGGUAUUUAAGAAGUUGCUUACAGCUUUUCUCCUCUCUACCGGCUGUUUUUCAUUCACUUCCUUUUUCCGCUGCUCACUCGGUUUUUCACUCGUCUACAUUUUGACCGAGAGCCUGGCACAGGCUACUUGUCUUGUCUCUUGCUACCUUCCGCCCUGUUAGGGCAUUCAGCUUUAGUGGGUUGGUAUAUCAAUUUUGUCAUUAAUUAUUGUGGGUCUAGCUUCUAGUUUUUCACAACCAACAAUUGCAUAUAGGGCCAAGUUGGAAGGAAAAUGGGGUGUUUUCACUACAAAUAAUAAUGAUGAUGAUGAUGAUAAUAAUAAUAGUUAUAAUUAAACCUGGAUUUUUUAAAACCGUGUUAGCAAAAAAAACAACUCAAUCUACUACUUAGCAAUUUAAAACAAUGAAAAAGCCUUUAAAGGCCUUUAUCUGAUACUAGGCAGUAAGUUAGUGGCCCCUAGAAACAUUUUGCCGAGUCCAUAACAACAUUAGGCUUACGUUACUUAAUUAGGUAGCAAAACACUGCUUUUUUCUCAGGCUGAUAAAUGACAGGAUUUUGCAUGAAACAGACAACAAACAUUGAAACAUAGUGCACAAAUUAUUAUCAUGUGAUCUGGAAAAACCAGCCUACAGUGUAUAUAUGGUUCAAAACAAAGUACGUGCUGAAGCUAGCCCUAGAUCCAGUCACAUGGGCGGCAAACCAGCGUAGACUCUGUUUUCACCUGCAAUUUUGCUUUCACUUAAUAGAUUUGACUCCUAGAAUCCUAUUUCCAGGGCCAAAGACUUAGGGCACUUUCCAUUUGUCAGAACUGACUGGCCAGACCAUUCCUGUAGCAAUGAGAAUCUCUCUUUUCAUCAAAUCUAUCCGGCCAGAUCAAUCAAAUCUUGAAUAGUAUAGAUGAAGGAGGUGGGUUUUCAUUAUUGUCAAAUGUCUGGCCGGCCAGUUCUUACUUUUGGAAAGUGCCCUCAGUGGUCCCCUUAGAAAAGCGGACAAUAUCAUACUUUUCUGUCUCAGUCCCGAUCAGGGUGAUUGAUCCAUUUAGCUAAAUGAAACGAGAUUAUGGUUCGAUGUAUGGCGAUGCAGACUCUGUGGAUCGUAUCAACUUUUUCCCAUUUCAGAGCUUUACAUGAUGCUCUCCAGGAAGCUUUUCUCAGGGUGAGCAACAACAAAAUUUAAACUGCUAAGCAGUACCAAAGCCAGCUUUAGGCACACACUGAUUUCAAAUAAUAUUACUGUCACUUGUGGUAGAGAUAGAAUUGUGGGUUAGGAAUGGAAAAAGACCAAAGGGGGAUAGAGGGAGGAGAGGGGGGAGGUUAGAUAGAAAUUCACGAAAUUCUGUGCACAGCCACUUCUACAUCCAACCAUGAAACAACCAAGAUAAGAUGCAACAUAAAGAAACAACACAGUAAACAGGCUAAGACAGGGGAAGUUGAGAUUUUUUACAAAAUGUUUGCUAACCCGGUUUUCAAAAAUCCAGGUAGAAUAAUCUUAUAUUAAUAAUAGUAAUUUGCAUGUUAACAACUCAACUGCAGAACUCAAUUUGACCAGCUUUUCCAUCAUUUUUUUUGUUCUUUCAGGAUAAUAUGGGAGCUGAUCAAGGAAAAGCUUCUGUUUCCUUAUGUGGAUAUGGACAUUAAGUCCUAUGAUCUUUCAAUCCAAAACAGAGAUCAAACUGAUGAUAAAGGUGAGAUUGCAGUAGUACUAUAUACUGCUAUUUGUGCUGUCUAAAGGAUUUCACCUUUUUCACUACUAGGCAAGACUUGAUACCUGAGAUCCAGAGGUUUCUCCCAUUUUGCUUACCACAAUCUUGUCAUCAUCAACACACCCAGGUUCUCCUCGCAGAGUCAAAGCUCAAAAAAAGUCUCAUCCGUUAGUCCAGGACAAGGAGAUUUUCUUGCUUGGCAAGUAAAAUUAAAAGCUGGUCCAGGCAAGUUAAUCCUCCAACAAAAUCGUAAGGAUAAGCAAGAAACGGCUCCUGUAGGCAAGAGAAAUUUGAGUGCUGCUUGCCAAAAGGACAAGUUGGAUUCAAGUUAUAUUUUUUCAAGCCCUGUAGAGUCCCACUCUCCUUUCCUCUAAAAGGCCCAGUCCUCUAAAUAACUCACUCUCUCUUCCGAAGAAAGCCAUGGUAAACUGGGAUUAAAACAACAGACAUGUACUUCUGAGACAAGAAUUUAAGGCAAAGAAAUACUUAACUCCUGUAUUGUUGUGACGUUUAGUUACCAUAGAAGCAGCAGAAGCAGUGAAGAAGUACAAUGUUGGCAUCAAGUGUGCAACAAUUACUCCAGAUGAGAAGAGAGUUGAAGGUCAGUUUUGAGACAGAACUCUUUCAAAGGGUUGUUGUGUUUACUUAGUAGCACUAAAAGUGACUUUUUGAACUUGGCAUAAUAUCGUUCCCUUGAUUUAUCAUAAUAUAAUAUUACCAGAACUGAUUGAUAGGUUCCUUCUGUAGGUACCAAGGCACAGAUUACGUACUUACAACAAAAGAAACAGUACAACCAAACAAUAAAGCCCUCUGCAGGAGAACUCUUUUGUUAAGUUCCUUUGUUUCUUUUGUGAUGACGGUACCUGCAGAAAGACCCGAUUGAUAGCUUUCUUUAAACAUUACAAUGAGUAUUAUUUUGAAGCCAGUAGAAUAUAUGGGUAAACAAGAACAAUGCAAGUAUAGAUCAACAUUUGUUUCACUUUCUUGUUUCUUUCUCCAAAUCGCUGUCUUUCUCAAAAUAAAUCAAGGGAAGAAUUUAAGAUGAGAUUAAAAGGCACUUAGUUGAUUUUCGAUGCAACCCUUCGAACAUUACUUAAUUCAUUUCUGUUUUAUUGAUAUUUUUCUAUGGUUUGAGUUUAAAUUUUUGCUUUCUGCAACAUGUAAUCACUGGAAUUACUGUAGUCUGAAUACAUGUUUUUUCAAUGAAUUAAUUUUAGUUUCUUGUUCUAAAACCCAGAGUUUAACUUGAAGAAAAUGUGGAAAUCACCAAAUGGAACAAUCCGUAAUAUCCUUGGAGGAACAGUGUUUAGAGAAGCCAUUAUCUGUAAGAACAUUCCGAGAUUAGUUUCUGGAUGGACAAAAUCAAUCAUCAUUGGUCGUCAUGCUCAUGCUGAUCAGGUACAUGUACAUUAAAAAAUUACUUAGGCUGCCUACAGCUCCAAUCAUCUUCCAAUCAUCAUAUUGUACGAACAAAUUAAUAUACAUGUAUCUUAAUUACCGGUAGUUCCAUUUGAAAUCUAGCGUGUUUUUUUUUUCAUUUUAUUGAAUGUGUCAUGUCCUCCCUAAUCAAGAGAUUAAAUAAACUUGCCAUACAAAAGCUAAUAAACAGAAUGAUAUUAUGUGGAAGUAAAGAAAUCAGAAAAAAACUUGAAUUAUAAUGAAAGUUACAACAAAAAAGAAGGAGAUAAACAACGUACAAAAAAAUCAGUGAUAAAGGUAUGUAUUACUACUUUAGAAGAGAGGUCAAAAACCAUACCCUGUCCAGCGGCACAUCCCCGUAAGGCCAUGUAAGGGAGUACCCCCAGGAUUAACCUCCACUAUUGGAUGAAAACUAGUGAAAAUGCUGUGAAAAAUAUGUGAAAUACCCUGUGACAAGAAAACACCCUGUGAAAAACCCUGUGAAUUUUGCACAGCCUAAAUUUUGAGAAAAUUUCAAAAUUUAGGACCCUGUGAAAAAACCUGUGACUAAAAUAAGCCUGUGAAAAAACCCUGUGAAAAAACGUAUGAUCAAAGUUUAAGAAAAUUUGCUAAAAAACACUUCUGAAAAAUCCUGUGAAAGAACCUAUGAAAAAAUUUUGAGAAAAUUGCUUAAGAAACACCUCUGAAAAACCAUAUGAAAAUAGAUCAAAGGGAUAUCUUGAUGUUAUGUAAAUCAUUAACACAGGAAUAGAAGGCCUGACAAACAAGAGUUCAUGUGCCUUUUUAACUUAGCUAUUGUCUACAGUCAUUUGAGACAUAAAGCUCUAACUCUUGUCUGACUGAUGUUGGUAUGUAUGUUUUAAUUCCUUCAGUACAAAGCAACAGACUUUGUUGUCCCUGGUCCUGGUAAAGUAGAGAUGAUGUACACACCUUCUGAUGGCAGUGAACCAGUUAAAUACCUUGUACACAGCUUCUCCGGUGAUGGUGGAGUGGCAAUGGGAAUGUUUAAUACAGAUGAGGUAAAACUUAUUUUAUUGAAAUAUCAUAAAUAAUUACGUAUUGUUGUUUUCUUUUGAAAAUAUGCUUUGACCUUUUGGACAAUGAAAAUAAUUUUUAGUUGGUAUCAACAAAACGGUAUGUUGAGUGGGGCAUGAUAUACAGCUGCACGUUAUGCACAGCUAGUGGUCUAUCAUUAAAAAAAAACUGAAGUCUCUUACUACAUGUACACAAGUGUUAAACACAGCAGCGCUUCUUUCAGAUUUUACUGAUGUUUAAUUAUGUCAUGACAUUCUAUCGACAGUCUAUCAAGAAUUUUGCCCACAGUUCGUUUCAGUAUGCACUACAGAUGGGGUACCCGUUAUACAUGAGGUAAACUUACUUUUUACCCAGGUUUUUGUAGAGUGAUAUUCUGUUCCAGGCUUUGAGAAGAAAAAUUUAACCUUCAACUUAUUCGCCUCUGAGCCACCCGUAACCGCCCAUGUGGAUCUAUGUCCCUUCUAUCGCUUGUGACGUCAUCAGUUUUAAUGGUCAUUGGUCAAGGACAACUUUGUCCACUAACUUGUGCUGGAGUGAAGAGAUCUUUCAAACCAUACCAGAAUGAGCAAAAUUCAGUCAAGGACACUGGAGAAAAAGGCAAAAAAACAUGUUACAUUCACCUGAAAAUUUCCAUGAAAAUCUUGUUCCACUACCCGUGGUCCCACUUUCCCUUUCAUCUAAUCCUAAGAUCCUAAAAGCUUUCCUAAAAACUUUUCCCACCAAAAUGAAGCCUACUAAAUGCCCAGCAAAAGAAAAAAAAAUGAGGUAAGAAAAGCGAAAUAGGAGGGGAGGAGAGAAAGCGAAGAAUAAACGUCAAGACUGCUGUGUUACUUUUAAACCCCUCAAAAUUUUGUUUUCUGCACAUGCCCAAACUUCGUAAGGUAAUAGUUUACAUCUGGAUCAGAAGGCCGCGAAGUGUACAAACUGUAAAUGGCUUUAUGGUACGCUUUAGCUCCUUAUAGCACGACAGUGACCAGAAAACCGCUUGACUAGCUUUAAAAUGCGUUUUUGGCAAAUUUUUCCAGGGGCGAAUGGGUUAAUGUACUCAAUUUGUUCAUGACAGUGACAUAUUGAGCUGCUCAAUCAAACUAGAUCCUCACUCAAAAUGUCCCUUGGGCUUGUAUUACAAUAUGUCAAUUGGGUAGUGAAGAGGGGAGGGUCAUAGAUGUCUACUUUUGCUACUUUUCCUACUGUAUUUCAGUUGCUAUGUAUAGCCAGAAAACUAUGCCCAAUUACCACAUUGUAUUUAAAGACUCUUUACUACCAGAUUUAGUGACGGCAUUCUAUGAUAGUGUCCUAAAAAGUUACAUCUUCACUUGUGGUUGCUAGACAUAUCAUAGGUUAAUGUUCACUACCUGAUACACUGGAAGGUACAUGUAAAAGCCUUAUGUGAAUUGAAAACAAAUGCACAAUUCAAUAUCUUUAGAACAUAUUUGUUUAAUUAAAGCACUCGUUUCAUACGAAGUUAAACCUGUAAAUUCCCUUGAGAUCAGCUUACUGAUGAACCUCCAGUAACGGCCACCUCUCUACAAUGGUAACGCCCACCUCCACGUGCACCAAAAUACCGAAAUAACCUCUCAAUAAUGGCCAGUUUUUUCAGUGACUGAUGACGAAAAAGUCAGGAACGGUCGCAAAAUAUGAUCCGUCUGGUGUGUUGAUGAUGAAUCGCGGCAAUCGUGUUUUAAUUGUGUUCCAUUUAUUCUGCUGCAGUAACCCUAAAUUGUCUUGCAAUACUUCACAGUGAAUGGUGCGAGCCUUGCCCGUUUUGUCAUGUUAACAUUUUGAUUCAAAACAUUUACGUUUUUUGUGUAUUUUAUCUCUAUUUUCAUUAAUGAUUGGAUUACCAUUAUGGGAUACAGUCACCAAGAACUGAGCGCAAUAAACAUGUUGCACUCCCUUAAAAAGAAUUUUCAUAUUCCACCCCUACCUCUCCAUAACGGCCACCGCUCUCCACAACUGCCACUUUCUUUUGUGCCCCAAGGAGGCCGUUGUGGAAAGGUUUAGCAGUAUUUAUUUAAUCCUCCUUGACUCAAUUUAAUAUCUUUUUCAGCACAAAGAACACAAUUUUGAAGAAGUAUGAUGGCAGGUUCAAGGACAUUUUCCAAGAAAUUUAUGAAAAGUAAGUUUCCAAAAAUCAUACCGCUGAUUAUUGCGAUACAAAAGGAAUAUUACAGAUUGUCACAUUUUGGACUGUUAAAGUGAGUUAGAAUAGAACAUAUUUUUAAUUGGAUAGAAGGGAUUUGGGUGUCUGGUGUGGGAGAGGGUAGGGACAAUAGGCAGGAACGUGGCUUUGUCUGCGCCCGUUAGAAGUGUAUUAACACGUAUUUCUGAUGUAAACUUGUUUUAAUUUUUCAUUGGUUAUUUGCAGAGACUAUAAAAAGAAGUUUGAAGAGAAGAACUUGUGGUAUGAACACAGGUUAAUAGAUGAUAUGGUAGCAUAUGCUCUCAAAUCUGAAGGUGGCUUCAUGUGGGCGUGUAAGAACUACGAUGGUGAUGUACAGUCGGAUUCUGUUGCACAAGGUCAGUGUCCGGGUUUGGGGAGUGGGGGAGGUACUCAAAAAGGUUUUAUACAGGGAGGCUCCGCCCUGAGGUCCAACUCUUUAUCGUUCUGUAUACCAUUUUUGACAGAGAGGGUACUCCUUUUAUAUACCUUUUAUUGACAAAUGGUACCCUUUUUCAAAUACUUAGUUUAGAACUGUGCAUCGCUUUUAACUGCUGAAAAUGCACUGUGAAAGUUUGAGUAAAUCACAAGACCAGACUGUUUUCUUGACUUUUUCACAGUCAUAAAAUGCAUCUGUGAGCCAUUUUAAGCCUUUUUACCCACCGAAAUGGCAGAUUUCCCUACCCUUUCAUAAAUCUCAACUAGCCAAAUCCCCAUCCUUGCAUAUAUCUGAAGCCUGAAAAAGGUACCCCUUUCGGGCGGGCCUCCCUGUAUAGGCCAUUACAGUGAGUAUGCCCGGGGAUCAGUGGUUGGUUUUGUCAUUGACUAUCUGAAUCCAUUCUAACCAAUCACGGAAAAACUGAUUAAAGAAUGAAGAACGUUUUCUCGGAAGUAGCCUGCGUCCAUGGCGGUUUUAUGAGGGAAGGGUAACUGAGAGGAGGGCAAGCCGGCGGAAGCAGUGCUCAUUCUCGUGGCUUUGUGGCUCGCUCAGUCCUCUCCUCAGCACAACUGCUGCUAGCUACCGAGGGUUUUUUUCAAUAGUUUUCUCUUUUGUUUGUUUUUGUUUUUGUUUUUUUUUUUCUUUCAGGAAAUGAACCGGGCACAAAUCCAGACAAUUUUAACUGUUUUGCAGAAAACAGUUAAAAUUGUAAAAAUUUUAUUGGUAGGAAUUCAUGAAUGGAACCUUUCUAGAAGCAGGCUUUGUAUCAAAACGUUCUAAGACAUUUCUUUUACCAUCUGGCAGUCAAGUUGUCCAAAGAUUCCGCUCAAAAGUGAGCUGUUCAAUAUCUUUCAAACUACACUUCAAUAUCUUUCCAACUACACUGUAAAAAUUCCGGUCUAACUCACCCACAACCUCGUUCUUACGGUUCUCUCCUACCCGUCCCUGCGGAGCGAGAGAGAGAGAGACGGGUAGGAGAAAGGACGUGGAAACGAGGUUGACUCACCCGGGGUUAAUCCUUUUUUGUUUUCUUCUGAGUAAUUUACGGAUCGUGGGGAUGUUUUGCAGGUUUUGGUUCACUGGGAAUGAUGACAAGUGUUCUUGUUUGCCCUGAUGGCAAGACAGUGGAGUCUGAGGCAGCUCAUGGAACAGUAACAAGACAUUACCGCAUGCAUCAACAGGGCAAAGAGACCUCGACUAAUCCAGUCGGUAAGAAACCAGACUGUUCACUGUUCCUUAUUUUACCGUAAGACCGUCGAGAUCAAAGACUUUGCGUUACGGGCGGCCAUCUUGGAUGAGCAUCAAAUCUACUUAGGGAGCGGGGGCACGGUUUGAGAGGAGACGAGAAAGUGCCUCUGUCCCCCUACCUCUAUAAACCCCGACGCCCUCUCCCUCGGUACAUAUGAAACCAAGAUGGCCCGGUCAAGCCCGAUUUUUUUAUGGUUUUUUUUCAACCGCUCAGGUUGUUCAUUCUGCUGUGAAGAUCAUGUUCACUUUAAUAACAGGCUUCUCUUCAUUUCAUUUUAAGCUUUUACUGUAACAUUCGUGCAUUUUUUUGCUAGCCUGCUAGGAAGCUUCAUUGUUUGCAUGAGCAUAGGCCACAGGGCAAUUCUUUUUUGUCCUUAUGAAUUAUCUGUUGUGUGUCUUAUUUGUCUGCAGCGUCAAUUUUUGCUUGGACACGAGGCUUGCUUCACCGAGCCAAGCUUGAUGGUAAGUAAAUGUCAAGUACCUGAAGGAACCUGACGAAAACCAUUCUUUAGACUUCAAUAAAUGGACCAACUUUCAUGAACGCAUUUUGAUUUGGGGGAAAAUGUCAUGAGCUAGGUAAACAGCUGGAUAAAAAAUUUGGAGAAAUUAUAAAUGAAGUUUUAGAGAGUGUAACGAAAACAAAAAACCAACAUGUUAAACUCUCUUUGGUUGUAAAUACCGGCCCCUCUGCAUCGAAAUUUGCCCUCCGAGUUUAUGUCUGUCCCCCAGUUCAGCUCUUUUGAAUUCAUUUUCUUCGCACUUCAUGAAGAGAGGUAUCUGCUUAAGAAAUAAAACCGGCAGAAGGAGGAAAAGACGGAAAUAAAAAAUGGCUCUAAAAGCAGCACAGCUUUCGUGUUCACCACCGCUAUCAUGAAUUAGAGCCCGUUGUAUACUGGCGCUAGGCGCAAAACUCCGGACGGGCAAGAAAUCACUGGGACGUUCCAGAGCGAGCCGGCGCGAAAUGUGAACGGAAUCACGCAGACUAUUUUUGUUAUUAAUAAAAUGUUUUUUUUAGUACGUUGCCGUUAAGGUGAAAAUUUGAAUCUUAUCAGCUAAUUUGGGUGCUCUUCAUUCAUAUCGGUCUCGGAGAAAAUUAAAAGGAAUAAAACAGGUGUUCACCAAAUCGCCUGGUUGCAAAAAUGUUAAGACAACACCAUAGCCUCUGAGACCAUUCUCAACUGCUCAUGUGACUGAGGUACCAUGGCUAUGUUUUUACCAUUCUUGAGUAAUGUAACUGGAUUGUGGUGUAAAAUUAGACAUAUCAGUAACUUUGUAUCUGUUGUUACUCCAGGGAACGACAAUCUUACAAACUUUUGCCGUACUUUAGAAGAAACCUGUGUUGAUACAAUCGAAGCUGGUCACAUGACUAAAGAUCUUGCUGGCUGUAUCAAAGGAUUGCCGAAUGUUCAGAGAUCAGAUUACUUGAACACAUUUGAGUUUCUUGAUAAAAUAGCUGAGAAUCUGGCUGUCAAAUUGAAGCAAACCCCGAAUCACCAUUUGUAGGGUAGUUACUUUCUAGUACCGUAAAAUUCCGAAAAUAAGCCCCUCCAUAUAUAAGCCCCUCCAAAUAUGAUCCCCCCCAAACCGGUAACGCAAAAACCCUCCGUUAAAUCGCCCCUCCAAAUAUAAGCCCCUCGGGGGCUUGUGCUUGGAAAAUUGCCCUCAAGUACAAAGUAAAACAAAGUAAAAACGGUAAAUUUCCUUCCAACUAUAAGGCUAGCCCAAUCGAUUUUGAAACGCAAAUUUCCCUCCGUAGAUAAGCCCCUCCAAAAAUAAGCCCCUCAUGAAAAAUAUAAGCCCCGGGGCUUAUUUUCGGAAUUUUACGGUAUUUGAUAUGUAAGGAAACAUUUUGCCCUUGAAUAAAUUAAAACGGUUACGCUAAAGAUAAUGUGACGACACAUUAGUGACCUUCUACAUGUAGGUAAUAUUGCAAUUCAAUUUUUUCGGUUAGUUUUUUUACUCAUUUUGCUAUCCAAAUAUGUGUUUUAUUUUAAUUUGUGUUAGAGGAUAACUUUAGUUGUUAUCAAGUUGACUAUUCCGUGACUUUGAAAACAAAAAGCUCAUAUUUUUAAUAAUAUUAAAUUGAUUAUAGUUGUUAAUUUAAUUUUUUUAAAUUAGACUUUGAGCAAAAUCAAAGAAAACGAAAAUAAUAUUUGAAAUCUGACCAAACACAGAUGUUAUUACAUACACUCAUGCGCACCCCAACUGAUUAACUGCAAAUCUGCAAAUACAAAAGAAUAAUUUUUCUGUACUGACAGUAAAAUUGGGUUUUAUUUGGAUGCUUUAGAUUUCUUCGGUGUCUGUAUCUAUUGUUUUUUAAUGGUUAAGUCCAAUUCAGUUUUCUCUUAGUUGUAUUUACAGUACAGGACGUUAUUUACCAUAGUCACUUUAUUGUUUUACCUGUGCACUCACUUUCGAGUUAAAAAAUGUGAACAUUUUCGCAACCUGAAUAAUAAAGAUACAGCCUUCAAUGUGUUGCGUCAG